GAAGGCUGUCUCUCAGGAGCACGUGUGUUUAUAUGCGUGAGGUGUGAUGCACCAAUUUUGGAUCUAACCGCUUCAACGAUGACAGACUCUACCUGCGCAAGCGAUGGCACCAUACAAAACGUCUACCUGACAACGAAAGAAAUCAAGUACGACCCUCCGUUGCCUGCGCAAGCCGUGAAUUACGUGCGCAACUUCAUCGACAAACAUGCCGGCCAGCAACAGGGCGAGCUGGGGGAUCUGGCGCGAUACACCGCUGUGCUCGAACCGGACAUCGCACGGAAGAAAAAAAGCGGUGACCAAAAGGGCAGGAGGGGCAGGCUGCUCACUUGCCGCGAGAAGCGCAAGUUGGGCAUGUUUAACGUUCACAAGGACAACAAGUUGUCGUACGCGUCGUUCCUGCCCAUCCAUCUGAUGUGGAAGGACUACUUCCGCGGACUCGUGCGCGACGAAGUGACCGAGUAUUCGCGACUGCUCAAGGCCGAGUACACGGGCUGCUUUCUGACGGUCUCGGAGUCCCGUUGUCCGUCGUACGUGGGCGCAAGGGGCAUCGUAGUCCAGGAGACCAAGAACGUAUUCCGCCUCCUCACAGAACAGAACGUGGUGCGAACGGUGCCCAAGGCUCACUCGGCGUUCGCCUUCGAGCUGGACGGCAGGAUCUACAAGAUCUACGGCAGCCACUUCCGCGUCCACAGCUUCGAGAGGAUGAAGGCCAAGUUCAAAGCGCGCGGUGUUGUCGGCCUGUGAUCGUAAUUUAUUUCUCUGCCGUGAUUGCAUAAAGUUU